AUGAAUGGAAAAAUGAUUGAAAAUAAGAAAGCACUUAUCAUAAAAAUUAUAAAUGAUAAAAGGGAAUUGUCAUUUGUGAUAAAAGUCAAAUGUUCAUUUUGCUCAAAGAAAUAUUUUUCUAAAUAUCAUGCUGAAGAUUACUUAUGUAAGAAAUCUCUUCCUGAAGAUGAUCCUAGAUGUUGGAAUAUACUUGGUAUAAAGAUGAUUAAAUAA